AUGAUGGGCGGAGGAGGAGGCGGAUGGCCAGGGGCGGAAGUGCGGGCAGCGAAGAGGGCCAAGACGGAAAAGACGGUGUGCACCGAAAAGACGGAGAUGGUGUCGUACUUCUUGAUGAAGGACCACAGAAUGGAGCCAAGACGAGGCACGCCUCCCACAACCGUGUAUUUCCCCGAGGGCUGCAAGAACCUUCGAGUCUACGCUUUUUUCCAGGCGAAAGACGGCCAAACGUGGAAGUCAUACAAGGACAAGGUUUACUCCGUCAACGGACGAAAAAGGGAGUACACGCUCACUGCUCUGAACGCCAACAUCAAGCCGUACAUCUGA